AUGACAUCUAACAAUGAUUCUUGUCCUUAUUGUGAAAAAUCAUCAUAUUUACCUGUUCGAUCACAUUGGGCACGAGCUGUUUUAUCAAAAGUUGAAAAUGAUCAACAUUUAGAAAAUAUUGAUCGACGUGUAUGGUAUCGUUUAACACAUAGUGAUCGAUUACGUGAAGAAUAUCGACAACUAUUUCAUGAACUUCAUGAAGAUGAAGAAACAACUGCAUUUCUUGAAGAAAGUCAAGCAAAAUCUGAUAAUAUUCCUGUACAAAUUCUUCACAGUCUAGCUAGUACUGUAUUGACUGUAUUUAUUGCACGAACAUCAGCUAAUGGAUUAAUUGGUCGUGGUCGUAUGUUCGUAUAUUCAACUGCUCAAUUUAAAAAGUUACUCGAUAUAAAUGAUAAUGAGCAAUCUCAGAUGUCAUCUCUUCUUGAUAUUGGUGCUGGUGAUGGUUCUGUAACACAACGAAUGGCUGGUCUAUUCGAAAAAGUAUAUACUACAGAAAUGUCAUCAAUAAUGCAAUGGCGUCUUUCAUAUAAUGGUUAUACAGUACUUGAUACAGAUCAAUGGGGAGAUUUAAAAUUUGAUGUAAUAACAUGUUUAAAUGUUCUUGAUCGUUGUGAAAAACCUUUGACCUUAUUAAAAAAAAUUCGUGAACAUUUAAAUCCUGAUAAUGGUCGUGUUGUUAUAACACUUGUUUUACCAUUUAAACCAUAUACUGAAUAUAAUGAUGAUCAUCAUCCAGAUGAAUCAAUUCAUAUAAAAACUCGUUUACCGGAAGAACAAAUAAAUGAAUUUAUUUCCAAUGUUUUUCAACCAUUAGGUUUUCGUUUAAACAAAUUAAGUCGUUUACCAUAUUUAUGUGAAGGUGAUAUGGAACGAAGUUAUUAUUUUCUUUCAGAUUAUAUAUUUGUAUUAGAUAUCUAUUAA